AUGCUAGCAGAGUCGUCGCUACGCCCGGAACACGACUCUGGAAACGUGAGCACGCAGCAUACUAUCGAAAAUUUGGACUUCACUGAAGAUUCCAACGUCGACCAAAGGGGUGAAAGGAGCCUGCCUGUACAGUCUCCCUACUUGGGCGAUACAUCAAACCUCCUGGCUGAGAGGCCGACGCUGCGACCUGAUCAUGAGAAUACUACUGUCUUCUCGACACGACUGAGAGAGCAGGUUCUCCAAAUACCAGGUGUUGUGUCCUUGCCCUCGGAUCUUGUCUUCGAAGCCUAUGCCGAUAUGUAUUUUGAGCACUUGUGUCACCGGUUCCCUGUCGCGGAGCGUCAAGACCUUUUUCCUGUGAAGCGAUCUAUCCCUCUCUGUCAAGCCAUUUGCAUGGUUGGAUCCAUGCUUCGACAACCCAGAGGCGAAGCACCUCUGGCCGAAAGCGAGCAAUACUACACUGCUGCCAAGAUGUUAAUCCAUCUUGAUUAUGAGAGUGACUUUAUCGCGAUAUUGAAGACAAUGUGUCUCUUGAUGACAUGGAACAUCAAGGGACAUCUCAUUCUCACCUUCGAUUGCGCCUGGCAGUGGCUUGGGAUGGCUUGCAGACUCCUCAACCAAAUGGGACUCCAUCUCAACCAAACCUACACGCGAAUGGCCAACCCGAAAAUCACGCGAAGAAUUGCGUGGUGCAUCUUUAUACAAGAUCAACUUUUGUCGGCCGCCAUGGGCCGUCCCACAGCGAUCAAAUUGCACGAGUUCGAUGUGCCGCCUCCCACAUCAGACGACUUUGAGAUCAUCACCCGUCCGGAGAUCUUGUUCAUAGAACUCGCCAAGCUGGCGGUGAUAUUAGGACGGAUUCAAGACCUGCAUGCUAGACAGCCUGACAAUAUGCAAGAGAGGUCCCUGAUUUUGGAAUCUCUAAAAACCUGGUUGGACGAUCUUCCUGACGAAGCUCGACUCUAUGACAAGACAAACCACAGGAUCUAUCGACGGAGCGUGUCAGAAACCCACAUUAUGUACUUCGUGGUUGUUAUCACUUUCUUCAACCUGUUUGGCGAUCAAAGGCUCUUUUCGGCCUGUAGCCUCGCAACCUUGGUAGCUUCUUCUUGUGUGACACGCCUGUACCACGAGAUGUACAUCCGGGACGACAUCAACUAUCUGCUUGGCAUCAACUCCUGGUACAUGAUGGUGGCAGCAGUGCCGCAAUUACUUUAUAAUACCACGCCUCAGCAGAGCGACGUCUGUGCUCAAGAGCUCGACAUUCUUGUACAGGCGCUUCAACACAUGAAGGUCAAAUUUGCUGGGGCAAUUUCCAUUCUCAGCACGAUCAAUGGAUUGCGUGCUUCACGUAGUCACACGAAGGUGCGAUCCGGCUCACCCACCUCAUCGAGCGAGCGACAUUCCGAAGGCACACCAUACGACAUGAUUGUUUUGCGGGGUCUCUUCCCGUUUCCAACAUCAUUCAGUCCAAGAAUUGAUCUUACCCUCGUGGAUGGCUCACAAUGGAUGAACUCGGACCUGGUUGAUCCACUAUGGGCCCACGAAGAUUUUGGCUGCAUUUUUGACGAGUUUUGGAAUGUUCCCAUGUCUCCUUUUGAGACCGAGGGGCUACAAAUGAGUGAAAAUUGA